AUGUCACACAAGAAUAAAAGGGCUCUCACGAAUCACACAAAAUCACCUCGACCCAGCAGCCAGGGUCCGCGCCGUCUUCCCGAGCGCUGGCGCCGCCGCCACGGGUUGGUGCGACACGCGCACCAGAUCCGCGGGGGUGGUGGACACACCCUGCUCAACAUGGGUAAAAAGAAGAAUGAGGAAAAAAAAAAGAGCUGCGGCGUGGCGCCAGAUGGUUUACUCCAAAAGGAAGAACAAGGCAACGGUGGCGCGGCUGGCUGUCGAACAGGCGUACGAGACAUUCUGGCUGGCAGCAAGCCGUAG